CCAUGGUAACCGCCAGACAAACAAGGUCGCAGCUCCCUGCAGCUCCGCCGCCGGCCGGGCUGGGCACGGGACGCGGAUCUCUUGUGGAUGAACCACAGAGCAAAUAACCAGCCAUGGAGAAAUUAACAGAACACCUUGUUUCUACUUCUGAAAAUCUGUUACUCAAAUAUGGACAAACUACCAGUCAAGCCCACCUAAAGAAGCUGAAAGAUAUCAUUAUAGUUCAAUUAAAUGGGCUAUAUUUAAAGAAUGUGAGACAUUUGCAAUACUGUGUUUUGCUUAAAGUAUGCAUCCUGUCUAAUAAUUAUAUUACAGAUAUUGAUGCACUUGAAUGUUGUACUAAUUUAGUUAAGCUGGAUCUCCAUGGAAAUCAGAUACAGCAUCUUCCUGCCCCAACGUUUUGGGAAGGCAUGAAGGAAUUAAAUCUACUCUAUCUUCAUGACAAUGGAAUUGGAAAACUGGAUAAUGUGCAUUCGUUAUCUUUCUGCCCUAAUCUGAUUGGCCUCACCUUGUUUGAUACUCCACUGAGUCUAAGAAUAGCAUAUAGGCAUAUUGUUGUUAACAGCAUUUUAUCUCUCAAAGCAUUGGAUUACUAUGUAAUUUCUGAUCAGGAAAUUGUUGAGAACUGGAAACUUCCCCCAAAAUAUAAACCAUUUAACCCUAGCUUUUUCCUUGAUUUUUGCCAUGCUCCUAGAAAGGAAGCAACCGUUGAGGAGGAGAUAAAUGUGGUAAAAGAUAUCAUUGCAAAAAUCAAUCACAUUCUAGCUCAUCACUCACCAGUUGUGAUUGUUCAAAGAUGGAUAAGGGGAUAUUUAACUAGAAAAAGAUUUGGCAAAAUUCCUUUGGAUGAAGUUCUUCCACAGAGACAUAUCAGAGAUGGAGUGAAACAAACUUACAGUCAAAGCAUACUUCCAGUAUGUGAUAGUAAAAGCUUUAUGUAUCACAUCAUUAAGCCAGAACAGAAUACUGAGGACAAAAAGCUUACAUCUGGGAAACAAGUCUUAUAUAUGAAUAAUUUUAAAAAGCUUCCUAUUUUAUGUCUGAGAAGAAAAAAACAACCGGUUUUCUCCAUUUCACCCACGUUGAGAAAAAAAGAAAAAAAGAAAAAACUAGAGGAACAAAGAAUUCCAUUGAGGAAGGGUGUCUUGGACCUGGAGAAACCUAAUAUGGAAGAGCAGGUGGGAACUAAAUUUAGGCUUUCAGUUUGUAAAGCUGCUUUUCAUUCAGUGAAGGAUAAGCUGAUGAUAUUUCAAAAGAAAGAGGAAGAAAUUUGGCAUGCUGUACACCCGUUUCAUUCUCUUGUUCAUCCUGCUCCACAGCUUAAAACUGUGAAUCACCCAGUAAGUAUAGAGAAGAGGAUUUUUGCUAGAAUGUAUGGAUCUGUAAGACUUGGACCAUUUUAUGUUAUUGAUAAAACCUACAGAGAGAGUAAGAGAUGCGAGAUCCAAACUAAAAAGAUAUGUAGGGUUAUGCAGAUGCAAAUUGCCAAAGGUGAAGCUGACUACUGUAUUAAGGGUUUUCUUGAGGAAAAAAAGAAUGGUGUUCAGAAAAGAUGCAAAGAAGAAGACAUUAGAAUUCAAGAAGCUUUACAACAACAUCAAUUGAGAAGAUCAGGAUUUAUUGAAAAAGUAAGGCAAAGGCAUGGUCGGUUUUUAGAAACCAAGAACCAAAAAGCAUCAGAGUAUUCAUUAAUUCAAGACUUCAGCAUUCAGCAUGCUUCUUUGACACAGAGUUUGUUUAGACUUGACAAAUUGAGAAAAAGUGAGGAAACCAUAAAGGAAAGAAAGAACAUUGUUAUGGAAAACAAAGAAGAUAUGGAAAAAUGGAAGGAGCUGGUUAAAAAUUUUCAGGAGCAGAGGCAAUUGAUGUUACGAAAAGAAAACUUAGCAGAAAAAGUAGUUCUGGGUUCCAUUGUUUCUCAAAAGACUAGUGAGAGAUUACAGCAAGCCAAGGCAAAAGUUGCAGCUGUAAAGGAUCGUCAAGCCAAUAUGAACAUUAUGAUCAGGCUGCCAUUAAGCUGCAGUACAAUAAAGCAUGUAUAAUAAACUCCAGUGUUUAAGAUGCUAACUUGCAACAUUGUAAGUGAAUAUAAACCAAAGCGUGUCUUUUUAUUUAAAUGCUAAAUGUGGAAGUCUGUACUCUCAUCAUUUAAACUGAACUUCCAGGCCUUCAUUUAAGAAAAAAAACAUAACGAAGAGAGACAGUUAUGUUUGUUUACUUCUAGAAUGUAUAAAAGUGUAAUGCUAAGUGUACUUUCAACCUUGGUCUUAUGUUAAAAAAAUCAACAUUUACUAUUAGAUACCACACCCUAGUGUAUGAUAUAGCUCAGUAUUUUCCUAACCUUAGAAGUGACUGUGAUAUUUCAGAUUGCAUUGUGUGGCAAUUGGUGGUAAAUGUUUACUUUUAAAUGGCGAGGACUACAAGUGUGCAUACAGUUAUCAUCUGUACUUACUCUGAAAACUAAAUUAUUCAGUGCGACAAAAAUAAUAGGGUUUUUAUGGUUGCUAAUGUACCAAAUAGCAAGAGUGCAAUUAAAAUUUUGACUACAGUUAUUGCAGACAGUGCUGCUCAAGCUUUGCCUCAGUAAAUGUAUACAUACAACAAUGCCAUAAACAUUUAUCUCUAGGUAGAAUGUAUUUUCUGUUUCAUUCUGGCAACCCCUGGUGCAUUUUCUCCUAGCUGCUAACUUUCAUUAGCACGCUGUGUACUUUGAUUAGUCUCAUUAGCUACUUUCGUACAUGUAAUUAAUUAUGUUUCUAGUUUAUUCUACUUAGAUUCUUUUUAUACAUAGUUCUGUGUAUGUCUAUAUAAAAUAUGAACCACAAGGUGGGUGAGGUAAUAUCUUUUAUUGGACUAAGAGAGAAGAUCUCUCACCAACAGAAGAUAUUUCCUCACCCACCUUGUCUCUCUAAUAUCCUGGAACCAACACGGAAACAACUACACUGCAUAUAUAAAAUAUAGUAAUUUUUAUUAUAAUUAUAAUUAUAUCUUCCUUGUGCCAGUGUUGGCACGCAGGGCAGAAACUAGUUUCUUCCAGUACUCUCAUUUGCUGCUACUUCUGCACUUUGAUGUGGCUGUAGGUCCCAAGCCUGGAUAAAGUUGAGAGGAUUGAUAACACAGCUAACCACCUAGCCUAAUUUAAAAAAAAAAGUCACUGGGUAAAGAACAGAAUCAGGCUACCAUUCUGAUAAAAAUGGCUACUCAGUAGGGAACACUGCUGAUCCUUCAUUCUACAUGGUGGUAAAAACCAGUUUUGGGAAGUCAGGAUCCCGAAAACUUUGAUAUAGCAGCAAGAAAACACUUUAAAGUUGUUUUUUGGAAAGUGAGAACAAUGUUUCAAACAUAAAUAGUCUAACAGGUCAUGAGGGAGAUGGAUAACUAUAAACUUUAGUAUAUUAAUUUUGCUAAAUAAAUAUCUUGUGGGUAGGUCCCCUGUCAUAAACAGAUAGUUAAAGGUUAAUGUCUCUUUUACCUGUAAGGGGUUAAAAAGCUUAGUAAACCUGGCUGACACCUGACCAGAGGACCAAUCAGGGGACAAGAUACUUUCAAAUCUCGGUGGAGGGAAGUCUUUGUUUGUGCUUUUUGUUUUGGGAGUUGUUCGCUCUUGGGGCUAAGAGGGACCAGACGUGCACCCCAGGUUUUCUCCAAUCUUUAUGAAUCAGUCUCUCAUGUUUCAAAAUAGUAAGUACUAGCUAGAAAAGGGGGAUUAGUCAUGUUUGUUUUCUUAACUUGUAAAUGUGUAUUUUGCUGGAAG